AUGGAACCACCGCCGCCGCGCCACCGCGACUCGCCGCCGACGAUCCCGGAUGAGCUCAUCGAAGAGAUCCUCCUCCGCCUCCCGCCCGACGAACCCGCUUGCCUCCUCCGCGCCUCCGUCGUCUGCAAGGACUGGGCCGGCAUCGUCUGCCGCCCCGGAUUCCGGCGCCGCCUCCACGAGCUCCACCGGGCACCCCCGGUGCUCGGCGUCCUCCACAACUGGGAAUUCGAUCCCAUCCGCCGAUUCAUCUCCACCACCGCAUCGUCCUUCUCCCUCGCCGCCCCGGACUGCCUCGACUGGCGGGCCCUCGACUGCCGCCACGGACGCGCCCUCUUCUUCCCCCAGGAAUUUGGUGGUCUGGAACUACUCCUGUGGGAGCCAAUCACGGGUGCCCAGCAGCGCAUACAGCUGCCCGCCGAGUUCCUGAGCGACUGCCCGACCGCGGCCGUGUUCUGCGCGGCGGACGGGUGCGACCAUUCCGACUGCCUCGGGGGUCCUUUCCGCGUGGUCUUCCUCUUCGCCGUCGUGUUAGACGAGGAGACGCACGUCACGUCGGCGUGCAUUUACUCGUCCGAGACUGGUGCUUGGGGCGAGCUGACCUCGGUUCACUGCAACAUCGAGUUCUCCAUGGAAUUCACAGGAAGCUACAGCGUGCUCGUUGACAGAUCUGUGCUGUACUUCAUGUCCGACGGCAACGCGGAUAGUGCGUCGGUCGUCGAGUAUGAAUUGGCAAGCCGCGAGCUGACUGUUUUCGGCCUACCAGACAAGUACUACGGCCAUGCAUAUAGCCUCGUGCUGUUGGAGGACGGUGGAAUCGGAUUAAUCCAAUACUUGGAUACGCGUCUCAAAUUGUGGAGAAGAGAGGCGAGUGCUGAAGCAGGGUGGGUGCUGAACCGGGUCAUGUGCUUGAAAAGUUUCAUCCCAAUGCAUGCUCUCUUGGAUUAAGAAUAUAGAGUGCAAGUGCUGGGCUUUGCUGAGGAAGCAAAUAUCAUUUUUGUUGACACAGUUGUUGGCCUCUUCACAAUAGAGCUACAAUCGGGGCAUGUGAGGAAGGUGUGCCGUGAUACUGAUCGAGGCUUCCGUAGUUUGAUCCCAGUUGUCAGCUUCUACACUCCUGUACCCCAAGGCAAGCACCAGAAUCUGCCGGCAUCGAUGCCUAGUGAGGAGGCAGGUGGUGAGGAUGGGGGAGAGGAAGAAAAAACAGUGGAUCAGGCACAUCAAUUGUUGAACAAGGGGUCCAGUGCUACCAAGGAAGUUGACUUUAUCAACACCUUCGAAUACAUCAUCCAUGACCUCGAGAUCAGGGUUCCGUGUUAUGGAGAAGGUGUUCUGGAGGGUGAUGGCACACUCAACAAACAUGGAUGUGCCUUUCUACCCAAUGAUUCUUCAGGUGAUGUUCCCAAGAGUGCAGCGAAUUUAUGCCUUUGUUUUCACCUAAGGUUUCCAGGAGUUUGUGAAUGUACAACCAGGAGAGAAGAUGCCGGGAACUCAACGACCUCUGAAAGCAAUGUUGACGAUUCUCCACCGUUGGAGAAAGGUAGCUGUCCGCAAGUUAACAUGUCCUCUUUCGCUUGUUCUUCAGAGCAACAACAAGAGGAAGGUAAAACAAAGAAAAGUGAAGAAGAAAGUGCAGGCUGGCCAGAAUGAACCUGAGGACAUUGACCCUGCUGUUGUUGCUAUGAUGUGUUUCGGAUGUCGAAGAAGUGAAUGCUUUCAGGUGAUGUGUCUUUUCUUUGAAGAAGACAUGGUCAUCGGCUCAUUGCUAUAUGCUCCUGGAUCUCAUCUGUGAUGCAAAGCUUAAUAUUGGAACGAUGAAACUCUGUAAAGGACCGUGACUUUGUGCUGUAACUUGGCAAUCAUUUGAGAAACAUUUCAUCUUUGAGAGAUGUGAUAACUAUAGGCCGCAAGAAAACAGUUAGCACUUCAAGUACUCUGUUGUUAAUCUAUUUCUCAAGACUUGCUUCCUGUACUGUACUGUCACUGGUUCUUUGUUUGGAAAAUCUUUGAAAUUAUUUCA